UACAGAUAACGAAAUAGAGGAUACUCAAAAAGAUGCUGAACAAGCAACCACCUUCUCAAAAGCAGAACUUACAACAAGAGAUAAACUUGCAAUAAACAGCCUAUUUUUCAAGGAUAAAGACAAAGAAAAUAACUCUCCUCAUAAGAAUACAUCGUCAGAAAUUCCAAUAGAAGAAGACUUUACAACAGUAUCCUACAAGAGGAAGAAAAAGAAACAAACAAACCAAAGUAUAUAUAUACAAGCUACAGUAAGACAAGCUCCAUACAGGAAAGGACGAAUAGAGGAGAUUUCUCCUAAAGCUCAAUAA